AUGUUUGUUUGUGACACAAAUCAGCACGACGGUCAGUCAGAUUCAGUGUGCACAGUCUGGCUAUUUCUGACUUCACUCGCUUUCUUUUAUUUGAAAUUAUACUUUCAGAUAAUACUUUUAGCUCACUCCGUAUUGGGUCUGCUUGGUCUGAUGGCAUGUGCAAAUGUGCUUAUUUUAUCGGCCCCCUCUACCUGUUUAGCACCAUCUUUCUCUUGGUCAUCAUCAGUGUUGACCACUGUUUGUCCAUCAUGAUUCCUAUGUGGACUCAGAAUCAUCGCACCCAGCAGUGGUCAUUUUUUGCCUGGGUCAUCUCUGCUGUCAUUAGUAUGCUGCCUAUAUUCUCGGAUAUUAGAUUUCCCCCAGGAUUAAUUUUGUGUCACAAACGUAUCCAGUGGCGACCCGUCAUUCAGGGCAGGUGGGGCAUGUUUUUUUGCAUGUUAUUUUGGCAAACAAUGUAAAAAAAAAUAAUAAUUGAGUUAAUAAAGCCGCAUACAAACAUGGUCCCUUUUUUGCUUUCUUGAGUAAGGCAUCUCCAAAAUGCAGGUGUUUCAGCCUAGCUCAGUGCUUUCUGUGGUGGUGGGGCAGCCAGCGGAAAAUACAGAGCGUAGGGGUUGGUUAUGUUAUCUAGUUGCACCGUAAUUGGCUCAGUGUUCUGUCACUCAUGGGGACACUAAGUCAACAUAAAAUCUACGGGUAGAGUUCGUAAAUUAGAGCCCCUUGGGUGCUGCUAUAGAGUUACAUUAGAAGUGCCCAUCCAAGAAGGCUCAAGGUCAUUGGCCACAGAUAAAAUUACAUCAAAUCACAUUAUAUCUACCGUAGCUUUGAAGGGACUGAUCAUGUCAACAUCAUCCUUUCAAAAUCUUAGCUAGCAAGCUAGCAGUCAUCAUCAUGAAUCAAGUCGACAAUCUAAUGGCAAACCCUUUUCAAUCCUUGUCAUACAGUGAGGGAAAAAAGUAUUUGAUCCCCUGCUGAUUUUGUACGUUUGCCCACUGAAAAAGACAUGAUCAGUCUAUAAUUUUAAUGGUAGGUGUCACGGUUUCGGCCGAGGCUGCUCCUUCUCCUUGUUCGGGCAGGCUUCGGCGGUCGUCGUCUCCGGAGUACUAGCUGCCACCGUUCUAUGUUUCUAUGUUUGAUUGGUUUUGUCUGUUUGUUACACCUGUUCCUUGUUAGUGUUCAUUAUGCGUCCUAUUUAGUUCUCUUGUGUUUGGUCAGGUGUUGUGUGUAAUUGUUCGAUGUCACGUGUUGUAUUAGUUCGUUGUUCUGUUCUCUCUGUAUUCGUUUUUGUUAGAGAGAGUCCCGCACGUUGUGCGCUGUUAUUUUUGGUACUUACCAGUGUGCGUAUUGUUCGCCUGUGGCCUGUUGCUGUGGUUGGCUUGUUUUCUUGGACUUCACUAAAGACAUCUGUUUCGAACCUCUGUGUGUCCUGCGUGUGAUUCCACGUUACCUCUACACUCAACCCUGACAGUAGGUUAAUUUGAACAGUGAGAGACAGAAUAACAACAAAGAAAUCCAGAAAAACGCAUGUCAAAAAUGUUAUAAAUUGAUUUGCAUUUUAAUGAGGGAAAUAAGUAUUUAACCCCUCUGCAAAACAUGACUUAGUACUUGGUGGCAAAACCCUUGUUGGCAAUCACAGAGGUCAGACGUUUCUUGUAGUUGGCCACCAGGUUUGCACACAUCUCAGGAGGGAUUUUGUCCCACUCCUCUUUGCAGAUCUUCUCCAAGUCAUUAAGGUUUCGAGGCUGAUGUUUGGCAACUCGAACCUUCAGCUCCCUCCACAGAUUUUCUAUGGGAUUAAGGUCUGGAGACUGGCUAGGCCACUCCAGGACCUUAAUGUGCUUCUUCUUGUGCCACUCCUUUGUUGCCUUGGCCGUGUGUUUUGGGUCAUUGUCAUGCUGGAAUACCCAUCCACAACCCAUUUUCAAUGCCCUGGCUGAGGGAAGGAGGUUCUCACCCAAGAUUUGACGGUACAUGGCCCCGUCCAUCGUCCCUUUGAUGCGGUGAAGUUGUCCUGUCCCCUUAGCAGAAAAACACCCCCAAAAUAUAAUGUUUCCACCUCCAUGUUUGACGGUGGGGAUGGUGUUCUUGGGGUCAUAGGCAGCAUUCCUCCUCCUCCAAACACGGCGAGUUGAGUUGAUGCCAAAGAGCUCUAUUUUGGUCUAAUCUGACCACAACACUUUCACCCUGUUCUCCUCUGAAUCAUUCAGAUGUUCAUUGGCAAACUUCAGACGGCCCUGUAUAUGUGCUUUCUUGAGCAUCGGGACCUUGCGGGCACAGCAGGAUUUCAGUCCUUCGCGGCAUAGUGUGUUACCAAUUGUUUUCUUGGUGACUAUGGUCCCAGCUGCCUUGAGAUCAUUGACAAGAUCCUCCCGUGUAGUUCUGGGCUGAUUCCUCACCGUUCUCAUGAUCAUUGCAACUCCACGAGGUGAGAUCUUGCAUGGAGCCCCAGGCCGAGGGAGAUUGACAGUUAUUUUGUGUUUCUUCCAUUUGCGAAUAAUCGCACCAACUGUUGUCACCUUCUCACCAAGCUGCUUGGCGAUGGUCUUGUAGCCUAUUCCAGCCUUGUGUAGGUCUACAAUCUUGUCCCUGACAUCCUUGGAGAGCUCUUUGGUCUUGGCCAUGUUGAGAGUUUGGAAUCUGAAUGACUCCCUUUAAGGGUGUGCUCCUAAUCUCAGCUCGCUACCUGUAUAAAAGACACCUGGGAGCCAGAAAUCUUUCUGAUUGAGAGGGGGUCAAACACUUAUUUCCCUCAUUAAAAUGCUAAUUAAUUUAUAAAAUUUAUGACAUGCGUUUUUCUGGAUUUUGUUGUUGUUAUUCUGUCUCUCACUGUUCAAAUAAACCUACCAUUAAAAUUAUAGACUGAUCAUUUCUUUGUCAGUGGGCAAACGUACAAAAUCAGCAGGGGAUCAAAUACUUUUCCCUCACUGUAUGAAGAGAAAUUAUGAAGAGAAAUUAUAGAUAAAACGUAUCGGUGCUCAUCGGCCAUUGUAUGUAAACAUUACACAACAAGUUGGAAAUCGCAAAUUCAACAAUGAGUGGUUUGGAAGAAAUCAACGGCUAACUGCAAACAUUGCAAAGCAAUCACUAGCCUGCUAUUCAGUGGAGUGGGUGUGUGGUCCAAGUCUGGGUUUAAGGCUCUCUUUUCCUAGCUUAAAAGGAUAGAAAUUCAACACCAUGGGCCAUAAAAGGUUGAAUACAUUGGCCAUGCUGUCAAUCCAGCAUGACUUCUGCCGCGUUCAAAACAAAUGGAAACUCGGAACUGGGAAAUCUCAGACUUCAGUGAGUUCAAGACAACUGGAAAAUACGUUUUGAAAGGUCAUCCAACUCGGAAUUCCAAGUCAGGAUUCGGGAACUCGGGCCUCUUUCUAGAGCUCCGACCUGAAGAUCACUGACGUCAUGAUUCAACCUUGUUUUUUUCACAGUUUCCAGUUGUCUUGAAAGCACCAUAAAUCCAGAGAAUGCCAGACAAAGUCUGAUGACAAAAUUUGGCCAUGAAGGACCGCCGCGCCACCUUCCUUUUCAAGUGAGCACAGCACAACAAGGUGAGUACAAAAAUGUAUUGUAUGCUGCUGCAUAAAUUAUGUAAUAUGCCAGGGAGAUAUGUCUACUGUAGCUAAGAAAGUAAUGCUAAGUGCAUGUUGUGUAGUAAGCUGUUAGUAGCCCAUGUGUCUCACCCUAAUAAUUUGGUCCCUUUCCCCCUCAUAAUUUAGCCUACCGUUCUGACUUGUUGGUGCACAUGUAGCCUAUAGCCUGUUUUAGAGAAAUGUAAUCAUUGAAUAUUGUAAGAGCUUUCAUUGUCUGCUUAUAUGCCCCCUUUCCUUAUCCUAAGGUUCUGACUUGGUGUACAGGAAGAAUACUGUAAGAAAGUCCCAUGUUCUGAAUUAUGUCGCUGUACAUUUCAAAAGUGCUGAACAAAUAGUUAUAUUAACUAUGUCCGUCCUAGCUCGCUCAUUAAUGUCUUAAUUGAAAUUAUGGAUUGCCUGUUAUCUGCUCGUCGUCCCCUUAUACCAUAGUUUGUACAUCUCAAUUGUCCGUAGAAACCACAUUUGUUUAAGCAAGUUAGCUAUAUCAGCUAUGUUUUUUUAGAAGGCAGUAAAUGAGGUUGAAUGAAGCUCUGCUGUUGGGACAGCUUUAGGUAAGCCCUAACAGUUUGUGGGCACCGUUUGUCACUGUUAUAGUGCAAUGAAUGUAUUGUUUAGUGUUGUGUUGUGUAGUGGCUUUGCUGGCAUACAUCGAAAACAUUUUGGGGGAGUUUGCCCCACCAAGAUUUACAUGCUAAAAUUGCAACUGAACGUGUCCCUAUAUCAGGUCAGUUUGUCUAUACCUAUGUGAUCCUCUUUCUCAUUAUUAUAUUCUGCUACUGCCUUCUAAUCUGGGCUCACCGAAGGAACAUGUUCAACAUGCCACUCAAAGUCAUGACAGCUGUGAUUGUAUUGUACUUUGCCAGCUGGCUGCCUUUCAGAAUUAUGAUGACGGGUGACUAAGAUGUAAAAACUAUUCUGAACUGGUUCUUUGCCUUUCUAAGAGCUCAUUUAACCCUUUGCUGUAUGUCCUCAUGGGUAGUGGCCAAAAGAAGACAUUUCAAAACUUCAUACUGUCUAGGAUUGAAAAUGCAUUG